UUCAAACAUGGCUACCUGCGAAGAGUCUUUAACUCAGCGGCUAGUAAAUAUACAUACAGAGGAUGACUUGCUAACGAAACAUAAAAAGGAACGAAGGGAUUUACAAGCUCAGAUUCAAAAGAUCAAAAAUGCUGUUCCAAAAGGUGACAAAAAGAAAAAAAAAGAAUCAGUUGAACAAAUUGCAAAGCUUGAGGCAGAAAUGGAUGCUAAACAAGAUGAAGAGACCACCUACUUCAAUUCAAGAGAAAGGACAGAUCCAGUUGAGAAUGAAACAACUAACCAAAAUGAUAAUGAAUUGUCAAAUUCUGCUGAUGAUAAAUCAGCAGAUACAGUUCAAGGGAAAAAAUCUAAAGCUCAAAAACGAAGGGACAAAAAACAAGCUAAAGGAAAAGAAAGAGAAGAAAGAAUAAAGGAACAAGAUGAAGAAAAUAAACUUGGACCAAGGCAACAAGAGAUGAUGAAAAUAAAAGCAAUUUUAAAGACUAAAGGGCUGGUACUCCAUGAGAUCCCUGCUGAUGGCAACUGUUUAUACAAUGCUGUAAGUCAUCAACUGCUGAGUCUUAAAAUAAAGUAUAGCAAUGAGGAGUUACGGCAUAAAACAGCUGAAUAUAUGAGAUCUAACAAAGAUGAUUUUCUUCCAUUCCUGACCCACCCUGACACAGGAGACAUGCUGACACCAGAAGAGUUUGAGAAAUAUUGUGAUAAAACAGCAAACUCUCCCAUGUGGGGAGGGCAGAUAGAAUUAAGAGCUCUGUCUGAGGUGUUAAAAGUUCCUAUUGUAGUCAUACAGGCAGACAUGCAACCACUAGUUAUAGGUGAAGGCAUGGAAGGAAAUCCUGUUACUGUUGUGUACCAUCGCCAUGUGUAUCGUCUAGGAGAACAUUAUAAUUCUGUUGCUGUGGCUUCUCAAAAUGAGGAUGAUGACGAAGAAAACAGUGUAUUAAAGUAAAAUUGGUUCAGCAAUUUAAAAAAAAACAUAUAUCUUUCUGUGGAAUAUUGUUACAUAGAAUUCUUCAAUUGACAUCAGCCAAGUAGGCAACAGUCCACACGAUUCUUUUAAAACUGGAAGGAUGUUUUUACAAGUAUGUAACAAAAAAAUGAUCCAGCUGUUGUACUUUGUAGAUGAAAGUUUUUUUUACUAUCUAUACUGUAAGAAAAAUAUUGACAUCCUGAAAUAACUAUGGAUAGGAGAAGUAAUGUUUGUUACUUCCUUAUUUACCCAACUGUCUGUAAAAUAAUUAAAAUUACAUUUCAAAAAAUUGUACUGGUCUACUGAAAUACAUUUAAAACUUCUAAUUGUAAUGCCACUAAUUAUUUUCACAGUGGAAUGGAAGACUUAUAUAGUAUUUUAUAGUUUAUAGUAUUUUAUUAAAAGCAGAUGUAACGAUUAUCAUUAAUGUUGAUGGCAACUGUAAUCAAAUUCAGGAUUAGACUAGCAAUUUCUCACUGAUAAACAGCUAUGGUUGCCAUUGUUAAGGCGCACCAAAUACAAGACAAAAUAUCUGUAUAUUUUAUGAACAGUAUUAACCAUAGUUGAAAGAACGAAGUGUGGCAGUCACUCAAUCUUGUAAAGCCCAUUUUUAUUUGUCAAGAGACUGUGUGCAGUCAUAAGACAUGUAUACAAGGGCAUGAUGUGGACUAACUGUUGAGUUGGGACAAAAAUAUGUAAUUGUAUUCUGUUGUUUUAUGUGAGUUAAUACAUUAUUUUAACAUUU